CUUCAGCCGAGAAAGUAGUGCUAAUUACACGCAAAGGUUAUUAUUUGCGCCGGCACGCACGGGAUACUUCUCUCUUUUUUUUUUUUCCUUUUUUUUUUCUCUCCCUCCGUUUCAUUAAUGUGCUUUUUGCUCCUGUCGUUUAAAUGAGAUAGCAACACCCUUGGAUAAAGACUCUUAAAAUCGGAUUAUCUGAUUGAGGCAUUGUGUUCAUUAGAGCACUUUUCCCCCCCACCUCCACCACCUCCUCCACCUCCUCCACCUCCACCACCACCUCGGGCAGACAGAAUUAAAACGCCCGGAAGAUGUUCGGGACUCUUUGCCUCUUGUUGACGGUCCUGUCGGGGCCGUCCGGCGGCUGGGGCUCGUACGUGCCGUGCGAGCCGUGCGACGACAAGGCGAUGUCCAUGUGUCCGCCGAUCCCGGGCGGCUGCCAGCUGGUCAAGGAGCCCGGCUGCGGCUGCUGCCUGACGUGCGCGCUGUCCGAGGGCCAGGCGUGCGGCGUGUACACGGGGACGUGCGCGCAGGGUCUCCGCUGCCUGCCCCGCAGCGGCGAGGAGAAGCCCCUGCACGCCCUCCUCCACGGCAGGGGGAUGUGCACCAACGAGAAGGGCUACAAACCCGGGCACCCGCCGAUAGAUCGCGAGUCCCGAGAACACGAGGACGCCAUGGCCACAGAGAUUACAGAGGAGCUGCAGCCAGCUAAAGUUCCCCUCCUGACCAAAGACAUUGUCAACAGUAAAAAAGUCCACGCCAUGCGUAAGGAGUUUAAGAGGAAGCAGGGAAAGCAGCGCUCCAUGGGCUCCCCCAUGGACUACUCUCCUCUGCCCAUAGACAAACACGAACCUGAAUUUGGACCCUGCAGGAGAAAACUUGAUGGGAUAAUUCAGGGAAUGAAGGACACUUCUCGAGUCAUGGCUCUGUCUUUGUACCUUCCCAACUGUGACAGAAAAGGUUUCUUCAAACGCAAGCAAUGCAAGCCCUCCCGUGGCCGCAAACGGGGCAUCUGUUGGUGCGUGGACAAGUACGGCGUUCAACUUCCCGGAACAGACUACAGUGGUGGAGACAUUCAGUGUAAAGACCUGGAGAGCAGCACUAACAACAAUGAGUAGAGCAGCAAAAUGGACCACAAUCAUCCCCAAACUCCACAAGACCCCGGACCCACAUUUCCUCUCUGAAUCACACCUUUAAUCUCCCCUCACUUCAAGAGUUAUUUCAGAUUUUUAGGUAGAAUUUCAACAAAACAAAAAAAGGACCAGGAUAAAAAAAAGACUAUUGGUUUUUGACCAAACACUCAUCUCUAAACGAGGGGGAGGGAGUCCAAGAAUCCCUUUUUGAGCAGAUCUUUUGACGACGGCGCACGUGGGGACCCCCUUUGUGCAAGCUGCAUAUUGACUAAAACAUAUGCACGUUUUUGUUUUUAAGAACCGGGGGCUCUCUGUGAAGCAGAUGUAUUCAUAUACAUUGAUGUUGUAAAAACGAAGCAAAAUUCAUUGUGAAGACAAAACAAGAGGGCAAGUCCGUUGAAUUAUUUACAAUUGGAUCUUUUAAUUGGUUGAGAUUUUUUUUCUCAAAUCAAUCGCAACUGGACUGUUUGGGUUCCCUUAGAAGGCGUUUCGCCUCUCCUCCGAGUAGGCUUCGUCGGUUCAUGCUCAGACUUAGCUUGGUUCGAUCUGGUCUUAGACUGGCAGUGGGAAGGGGAUUCAUACGGCCCCAUUCGUCACGGUUUACCCGACGAAUUGAGGGGAGUGCGAUAUCCAAUCUAGCCGCCAUCCAUCCAUCCAGCCCAGACUUCCCUCUCCCCAGCCACUUCGUCCAGCUCUUCCCAGAGGAUCCCGAGGCGUUCCCAGGCCAGCCGGGAGACAUAGUCUUCCCAACGUGUCCUGGGUCUUCCCCGUGGCCUCCUACCGGUCGGACGUGCCCUAAACAUCUCCCUAGGGAGGCGUUCGGGUGGCAUCCUUACCAGAUGCCCGAACCACCUCAUCUGGCUUCUCUCGAUGUGGCUUCAUCUGGCCAGGAUCUUCAGCUCUCACUGGAUCGGUUCGCAGCUGAGUGUGAAGCGACUGGGAGUCCAUGGUUCUCGCCCGGAAAAGGGUGGAGUGCCAUCUCCGGGUUGUGGAGGAGACCCUGCCCAAAGUGGAGGAGUUCAAGUACCUCGGAGUCUUGUUCACGAGUGAGGGAAGAGUGGAUCGUGAGAUCUAGCCGCCAGAUGGCAGUAAAAUGUGUUUUCUGGCAAUUCCAACUUUGACCACGGCCUCAGUUCCAUCAUUUUUAGCAGACUGCAUUGCAAAAUGAUUAACCCCUCAUGCGAGAGCCACCCAGGAAUGGGGCCGUACGAAUCCUUUCCCUACUGAAGAUCGGUCAGAUCUAGUCUCGUAGCUGGUGCCAAAAACUCCCAACACAAGGAGGCUGUGCCUCGGCAAGGAUGGUUCCGCCCUAUUGUAGUGGAAAAGAGCUACCCUUCUGUCAACACUAGCGACGGUAGUUCGAGCGGAAUUGAAUUGGAGGUAUCGUGUGUCCCUACAAGCCCAAAAUCCGUCGGAAUCACCCACCUUAGCGUUCCAUUCAGUUUUUAAAAAAAUGGUCCAGUUGCGAUCGGUUGAACGCCCCCGAGAGUACCUUGACCUGGAUGAACGAGAACAUCCGUAAACAUGUUGAGCUUUUGUGUUACCCGAGACAGGGAUGUGCUGCACCAGUUCUAUGGGUAUGUGGUUCUGUCAGAGCACUUAUAAAACAGGGCAAUCUCCUUCGGCGUAUAACUUCACAAAAAUAAAGUGUGCUCGAACGCAUGUAUGUUUACAGUGCGAAUGUUUGAUGUGUGUAUUAGCCUGCUUUGGUGUAUAAUAGAGUGAGCCUAUAUACAAAAAAAGAAUGUCAUUUUUUUUCUCUUGUUUGAUUUUUGUCACAAGUACUGCUAGCGCCUGAGGUGGUUUAUCGAGACCGUCCUUCUCUCUCUCUCGUGUAAAAUAUGUUCGACGUGGAGCGUUUGGCGACAAAGGAGGAAUCGGAUCGUUACAGAUGGAUUUAUGUACGUGGCUCUUUGACGAUGUAGCUAGCCUGAUAUGCCAACUGUGCCUAUUUGAGCGGACACUGCCGCGCGGAGCGACCGAGCCGAGGGCGGGUGCGCGGACUUACAGUAGGAAGGGGAUUCAUACCGGCCCCGUUCGUCGCGACUAUCUUAGAGUGUGGCCGUUCCAACUUUGCCCAUAGCGUUUGUUCCAUUGCAAAACGAUUCCCCCUUCGGAAUCCCCUCCCUACUGUAACCGGUGGGAUAAAGCGACACUUGUCGCCGAAACUUCGACCUUUUUGACUUGGGUGCACGAAUCAAACUUCCCGGGUCCGGCCGGUUUGCGUCUCGGAUUCGGUUGUGCGAGGAGUCAGUUUUGUUUGAGCUGUUAUUUUUGCCUUCAGUGAAGUACAGACAGCCCGCAUUUUUGAGCCAUUAUAUCAAGUGGUUUCCACUUAGUACUUCAGUGUAAUCGCGGUGUAUUGUAAUAUAGUCAUUGAAUUGUAUUCUUUCCUACAAGGGCGACGUUUGGCAAAGGCUAUCUACCCGGUUACAACAAACGGUCUUGGCAAAAGUCCCAGUGCCUUCCAAUAUGCAAAUACAAUUAAUGUGAUGCAACAAUGACACAGGUCCCAUCUUUGUUCAUACUGUAUAGCCCCCUCACAAGAACUGACACUACCUAUAGUGACCACGUCGUUCUUGGUCGGUGUCGUAGUUUCUCAAGGCUAUUCCGAACGUGUGAACUGCAGUCUGUUGAACCUCCAUAUGCUCGUCGAUAAGCUAAGAUUUUUUUUUGUAAGCUCGUUUUGUUUUUUUGAAUACCAAUGUAUAUGAUUGCCAGGCAAGGGACUCUAAAGGAUUUUUGUUUGAGGUGAAACAAAACAAACAAUUCUCUCUGCAAAGGGAAUUGUUCUUCUGUUAUCAAGACACUGCCCCCACUCCCAGUACCCAACCCCAUCUGCCACUUUCAACAACAAAAAAAGCAGCUUGCACUUAUUUCAAGUACUCACUAUUGAUCAAUGACAAUGACCUAAGAUGUAGUAACAUGAAGUCAGUAGAAGAAAAAAAAAAAAAAAAAAUCUUAAUGUUGUUUAAUAUUGUGCUUACCUUUUAAAGGUUGAUAUUUUGUUGACAGGGGCUCUGCAGCCCAUGCCUGGGACCUCCACUACAGAAAUUUAGAACAGAUCAACUCAGCCUCAGGUGUUCUUUAAGCGUCUUUUACAGAGAUGAGCGUUCAGAUGCUUCAAUCGAGGGGCUGGUUUUUUUUGAGAGGCAUGUCACAUAGGAAGAACGACCCCCUUGUACAGUGGAUAUAUUCAGGGUCUAGCCACUUCCCCUGCAUGGGGUCAGCAACUACAUCCCGGCAGGCACAAGACAUUGAAACAACGGCGAGAACGUGUUGAACUAGGUCCUGACGUUGAGCAAAAGUCAAACAUAUCGUUGAAACAACGGGCUUUUUGACAAUGUUUAGUCAAGGUUGGGUUCUGCCGUUGAUUUGACCAUUGAAUUGAACGGAUAUUCUACAACUCAAAUACGACGUUGACAACAUUUACUCAAUGCCAGGUUGUGAUGCUGAUUUGACCAUUGAAGUCUGGUAAUUUUCCAACCAAUAACAUUGGAUCCGACGGUAGACAUCAACGUCCUCUCACUUUACAUACACAACUGUUUUGGAACGUUGCUUCAAAGUCAGUUUUAAAGGACAUAAUCAACGUAUCAAUGUUUGUGCCAGCUGGGAUAUCAUUAGAUACAGUUAGUCAGUUAUCAGGAGUCAAGACAUCUGUGGAAUGACCUACUACAGCCAGGGUUGCAUUUUAAAGAAUAAACAACAGUGGGCAGCAAGCCCUAGAACACAACCUAGAUCAGAACACGUCCAAGUCAAGUCUGUUGAUGUAUUCAAUAAGCUUUGGAGAGUUCGAUUUGAUCAGAACUUACAAAGCCGAACCAAACAGAAUGGUUAUUUCACAUGAAUGCCUCCGACUGGUUGUAUUUGGUUCGUUCCUCAGGUGUGCCUUGCAAACUCCUUCUUGGUUUUAACUCACUCUACAUACUCUACGUAGUACAGUAGCUGCAGGCUUUUCUGAGUACAUAACACAUUCUGGAUGUAAUAAAACAGCACAAUUGGGUAUCAAUAUUUGGUGUUCUCUGGAUUGUGAAAAAAAGAUCCAUAUGUGUCUGGAGGAUGGGGAGGAAUUGAAAUGGUCAGUGUUUGGAACGGCAUGAGACAAAUAAGAAUAAAACAACAAAAAAAAUCAAAUUAUUAAAGUGAAUAUCACUGUGUAAUAUUUAUUCAACUUGUAAUUUAUAUGUACUCUUUUAACCUUUGUCUUUUUGUUAUGACAAAGCAUUUAUUUAAAUAAAGUUAUGUAUUCAUUUAUUC